UUGAGAAUGAGAGGGACAUUUGUGUUAUUCUACUUCGCUUCUACUCUCCCGCUGCACACAUCAAGUGGAGGGAAGAAGGCACAAAUUUCCGAGUGAAGAAGGAGGGAAGCCACGAUGACUAGAAGGCGCCUUCGCCUGAGCUCGUCUUCCGACGAAGACUUGGAACAAGACUCUCACUGCCUUGAUUCCUCCCCAACCUCCCUCCAACCAAUCAUUCUCGACAAUCUCAACUCUCAUUUUAAUCCCAAUGUUUCUGAACCCGUCCAAGUUCCCGAUUCCGACGACGACGAACAACAUUUUAUCGACGUCUCCGACCAUCUCUCCCCUCCUUCUCCGGAUUCUGAUCAUUCUCUCCCUCACUCCCCGGACCCCAAUCCACUCAGUCCUGGUCUCGCUUCCACUCACCCCCCGUGUCCUGUAAGUGACUUCCUUCGGGGACUUGGUUUAAGCUUGAAGAGAGAGUGGUUGGGUGCCUGUAUCCGCUCUCUACAAGAGUCUGUACCAGGUUUCUUUAGCCUCAACCAUUCGGCGAAAGGAAAGCUGUGUUUCGAGCAGUUUUUGGUUUCUGAUAUGAAUUAUGCGGGUGCUGGUGUCCUGCCUGAAAAUGUUGAUUCUAUGCAUCUCGUUGAUCUCCCUGGUCCGUACGUACUGCAGGUCGAUGAAAUAGUUAACAUCAGUUGUGCUCUGAAAGGUAGAUAUCAGACUGCCCCUGCUAAUAUUAAGAGGUGCCUUAAACUGUCAAUGACGGAUGGUGUUCAACGAGUUUUUGGGAUGGAAUACAGGCCUAUUAAGGAUCUUGAAGUUUUGGCCCCUGCUGGGUUGAAGGUAGUAAUCAGCGAUGUAAGUGUACGACGUGGGCUUCUAAUGCUAGUACCUGAAGCUUUUGAGGUUCUAGGAGGUCAGGUUGAAGAAUUGGAGGCAGCUCGGAAGCGGCUUGUUGAUGAAGUGAACAAGCCACCUAGAGGAAGAAGAACGAGAACAGGCGUGGUUCCUUCUUUGGCAAGUAGAGCAACACAUGCUGCAUGGCCAUCAGACAAUGUUCAAGAGCCUGGGCAUUCUAGUAGAAUGGUGGAUGCUGAACCCUCUCGUUCAGACCAAGGUGCUCGCCUGUUCCAUAGGGGAAAUGAAGCAUUUUCUGCUCCAGUUGCUGAUGCAUUUACUACACCAGUCAGUAGAACGAAUGCUAAUUCUGAGUUAUCUUCUAAUUUUGUUUCAAAUGUUGAGGAGAUUCGUUCACAUUCCAUUCCCAGUGGUAGAGCUAGUGCUGAGCCUACUAUUGUACCCAAUUCGGUGGAGGACACCAGUGUGGUCAAUUCAGUGGAUGAUACCAAUAUGGUCAAUUCAGUAAACGAUUCGAAUGCGGUCAACUCGGUAGAGGAUACCAUCAUGGUUGACAUUGAGCAUCCUCUCAUUUUAUCUGGCGAUAGAGAAAUUCCUUUCACUUACUUGGCUAGUUUGUCGGCUAAGUUGGCAGCAGCGAAGGAAAAAUCUCCAUCAGUUCGGGGAAGAAUCAAGUGCUUUUUGACUGGUGUAAAAGGAUUUCAAUUCAAGCAAAGGACAAGAUACGAGCUACGUGUGUUUGUUGAUGACGGCAGCCUCAUUUCUGAGGUCCUCAUUGAUAACGAGGUUGUGCAAAAAGCGAUUGGCCAUUCUCCAAAGGAUGUUACGGACGCUAUGGAUUCUUCUGAUGUCAAAGUAGUGAGUGCUAUGAAGGAGACUUUGAGACAGUUCCAAAUUUUCUUAAUAAAUUUUGAGGGUACAAUGCUGGUUGAGAUGAACAAAACGUCUUCUCUGCCAGUUGUCCUUGAGAUGGCGGAGGGUUGUCUGGAAUCUGAUGCUCGGUUGCUUUUGAGAAGACUUGCGUGUUCAAAUGCCGUUCCAACUGAUGAGCAUGCCCGUAUUAUAGACGUAUCCCCUUAAUUGAACGCAAGAAGGAAAAAGUCUCAAGGUCAACAAAUUUUCAGCGAAGAAAAGUCAUUUUUAUCACAGGCUAUCUUGGACUGGAGAUCAAGGCAGUGAAGCUUCUCUGGAGCUACACAAUCUCAUUACCCGUGACAAAUGAAAAAAGCUUGAUGGGCGAAGCCCAGAUUCACAUAUGUCGUCAAACUGACGAUAAUUGCAAGCACGAAAUCAAUGAAACGUGAAGCCAAUGGGUUUACAGGCCACCAACAUUCAGAGAAACCAAGUCAGAGUUCCUCCUGGAAGUUUUAUUCGGGCCAUUUGUCAGGGGAAAGCCUAAACUGAUCGAGAUUGGUAAUUUUGUAUUUUUGAAAAAUCUAUCGGGUCAACAUCCAUGGCAAAGAGAAUGAGAAGGCAACCAACCCGGUGUCGGCAGAAGGGCCGUGGUAAAGAUUUUAGAGGAUGCUAUGAAUGCUUCUACAACCAGCUCGGUGACAUUCCAUAUUUAUCAUUUCUUUCGAACGUCCUCUGUUGUUCAACAUGUACAUGCUCACAGUAAUUCUACUUAUGAAAAAGUACACUGAUUGGCACAAUAUAUUCUUGUAAUGAGUUUGUUACUUCAUCGAUGUCAGAAUGUAAUACAUUCUUUGGAUUCAUUAUUAUUAGAUUGCGGACAAAUAACAUAACCAUUCUGCUCAA